AAAGACUGUAGGCUGGCUGUCGUCUGUAGCCAGAGAAGCAGUCACACCCCACUUUCCCAGAUGCCCGUGCGGCUUCUGGCGAAGCCAAUGGAUUGGCGCUGCGUGUGUCAGUGAGUCUUGGGAAACAUGGCGGCGCCCGUUCUGAAAGUGUCUAUUCCGCGUUGGGAGAGGAUAGCGCGUUAUAUCGUUUGUAUUUUAGGGGUCUUGUUGUCUCUUUACGCUUUCCACAUAGAACGGGAGAAGGAAAGGGAUGAGAAUUAUCGGGCCUUGUGUGAUGUGAAUGAAUGGAUAAGGUGUUCUACUGUGUUUGUUUCCAGAUGGGGCAGAGGAUUUGGUCUUCUGGGAUCUGUAUUUGGUAGAGACAGUGCAGUGAAUCAGCCAAACAGUGUCUUUGGAAUUAUAUUUUUUGUACUACAAAUGUUAUUGGGUAUGACAGUAAGUGCAGUGGCAGCUUUAAUCCUGAUGACUUCAUCCAUAGUAUCAGUACUGGGGUCGUUGUAUUUGGCUUACAUUCUCUAUUUUGUGCUGAGGGACUUCUGCAUUAUUUGUGUUGCUACAUAUUUGCUGAAUGUUGUUCUCCUUAUAAUCAACUAUAAAAGACUGAUUUACUUGAAUGAGGCCUGGAAACGACAUCUUAACGUGAAGCAGGAGUAGUAACUGUGGAACAUUUGUUCAGACUGGGGGCCCUGCUGCUAGAAGUAUUCUGCAGUUAACUUGUUUCAUUGGGAGAAGCUUACAACAGGAAGCGAAACAGUCUUGAGUUGCAUUUUAAAACUUCAGAGGAACCCCAGACUGUAAUUUUGUGACUUCCUUGAGACUGUCAAAGGGUUAUGUAUGAAGGACUGCGAUUGGCAAGUCAAGUGUCUAAGAACUUGUUCAACGGUUUUUUGAACUUUCCUAACGUUCUACAGUUAAAUGUAAACUAAGACAGCAGUUUGCUUGGAAAGAUGCUUGAAUUAUAUGGUGUUAGAUACUUGAUCAUCCAAUCUGUACGUUUUUUAACAUGAAUUAAUGUGUGGUCAGAUUUUUUGUUUAUUGUUUACAGUAUUUUGUUAAUGUGACAUAGUGGAGCCCUGCUGUUUAUCUGUGAAGGGAAUCCGUAUUCACACUUGAUAAAAAAAAAAAUUCUGGGUUUACUCCAGAGAAAACUAACAGAAAUCCUUUAAAACACUUGUGCUGUAGGCUUUAUCUUUUUUCCUAGAUAUGUUGCCAUUGAGAAUUUGAUUAUAGGUUUGAAAGGUAUAAGCCUCAGCUGCCUAAACUACUACUGUUCCAUUGGUACAAGGAAGGCAUGGGUUGCAGAGGCCCAGGCCCAUUGAAUCUUUUAAGCUUAUAUAGAUUAUUUUAAAGCAGUGUUUGUCUUGACAGUAUGAUUUUAAGCAUUUCCAAGAUGUAAAUGAGUAAUAGUCUGAGUCUUAAAAUGUUAGAGGAUCAAGUUGUAAUUAAGAAUUCAUGUGUAUUGCCUAUUUGGUCAGUCUCGCUUCCUGUUUUGGCAGUAUGUUGCAUUUCUGGCUGUUUUCACAUUUGCUUAAUUUUCUUAGGCCAAAAUCCUGCCAAAUUCUUGUUGGUUUUAAUGGUCCAGUUUACUCUUCCCCCCCCCAACCACAUAAUGGGGGGGGGGCUUUACAGUAACAGAUUGAGUUGGGUCCAACAGCAGUAGCUUCAUUUAGUAGUUGCUGCAGUUUUAGAUUGGUAUGAAGGAUGGAUGGGAUGUCAUAGGCAAAGAACAUACGGCUGUGUUUCUGCCUACAUGCCUGUAAGAAGCCUCUUGAUAUACCCUGAGAAUCUGCGGCUUAAAUUCCCCACUACCGUUCUCCAGUAAGGGAGAAACCUAGCAGCAUUCAGUCUGCAGUGUACUGGUCUGUUUUUUUUUUUUACUUUGAUCUGUUCUGGAGUCCAGUUUGCACUGAGGAUGCCUCACUUCUGCACUUGCAGGAUGUCAAAUUUCCUGUUUUCAGUGUCAGAAUAAAUGGCUGCUGUUUUUUUUUUUUUUUUUUUUUAUUUAUGAAUGGUUUACAUCUUGGGAGUGUUUGUCUGUGUAGUGUCUCGUUUAAGGUGUCUCUUCAGUGACUUUUGCAUUGUGCAUAACUUGAAAAGAUGUACUUUCCUUUUCAUGGUUUAAACCAUUCUGUUAGGGUUAUAGUAUCUGGGUAGUAUUGAUAAGAACAAGCUGUAUUGCUGUAAGAGGUUGUGGAACAAUUUUGCAGAGGUUUUCAAAAAAAUAAAUUAUACAACAAA